AUGUCCAUCAAAGCCAACCUCGAGGAUUUCACUAUUAAGGUCGCGAAUAAGGAUCAGGAGAAGCAGCAUGCCCUGGCAGGGUAUGAUCAUUGGCAGAAGGGUGAGCCGUUCGAGGAGUACCGCAAGGUGUCUAUAAGGGAGAAGACAGAAGCAAAGUGGGGCAAAGAGGCAUUUGUCACUUGGGUGUUGGUCCGAAAAGACGACACGGACGGCGAAAUCUAUUCUGGCUGUGAGACAUACCGCAGGCAAGGAUUCAUCAAGCGCAAAGGCGCAACCGAUAUUGAACCGGGCUUUGUGUAUUGCAUUGCCUCCGUCGUGACACCCAAAGCCCAUGGCCGAAAUGGCUAUGCCACUCGCUUCCUGAGCCUCCUUCACCGACAUCUCUCCCCCGGAUCUACUCUCCCACCCAUCCCCGCCUCAUGGGGUAAAGACCAACCCAGCAUCCCCCUUCCCGCCCAAGCAGCUGAACAAAUCCCCAAGGCAAUCGGGUCCUAUCUUUGGUCCGACGUGGGCGCGAGCUUCUACUCCAAGUGUUCUAUCGGAGAAGGCCGACCGGGAUGGGUGGUGGACGAUGCUCAGUGUUCUGAACUCGUCUGGAAGAUCCUACCCCCAGCUACUGUCGAAGGCUCCUUUUCGUGGAUCCAUCUUCAAGACCUUGAAGAUGUCGGCAGCCUCAUCUCUGCCCGCCUUCAGUCCAACUUGCGCCAGACGGACACUUCCCAAAAUGCUGUCUUUAUCACCGACCCAGCUUCUCCGGGUGUGUUGGACUUUGUGCCCGUCAAGGGGUCUUGGAAACGGCCCACACCCGAGCCUCUACCUGUUGGUAUCCGUAUCCCCUCGCCCUCUGGGAAGAAGGAAGAUGACGCGAUAGUCCUAUUCGCAGUAUCGUGUAUCCACAUCGGCGACAGAUUCCUCAUCACCCACAUCUCCAACCUCUCUCCCUACCAGCUACCUCUUCUCCUUUCUGCCAUCGACUCUCUUGCAUCUUCUUCCACCCUCUGCCCGGCGGAAGGGUGGGCCUGGGACCUCGGUCUUUCGGGCGAGCUUGUUGAUGCUUGGAAGAAGCAAGAGGAGAGGGCGGUAAGCGUGGGGAGAAGGGAGGAGAUUGAUGGACAUUUGUUGGGGGUUGCUUGGUAUGGUGAUGAUGAAGGGAGGCUGGGUAAUGGGGACAUCUGGAGCUGGGCCUAA